UUAAAGUUACGUCACAUUAAUACAGUGUCAGGAUGUCUAACUAACUAACUAGAUCAUGUGGGAUUUUCCUGGACAGCUGGAUUUGAGCACCUUGAUGUUUGCCCAGUUCCUAUUUUGCUGUGUCAGCAUGGAGAGCGCAUGGAUCCGUUAACUGCGUCUUCAACAACAUUCCACUCGAGCGUCCCGUUAAGCAGAAGGUCCCUGUGCGUACAAGCGUCUCAUUCCUCUUCAGCAGCUCUCCGCUGUGUUCAGCUCAGAGGAAUACCUCAGAGGAGUGUGUGAGUUUGACCCUCCAGUCGGUGAGGGUCAGUGAGAGCAGGCCGCAGGAAAUCAGCGUUAAUCCCGGAGUUAGACGAGACAUGAGCACGCGAGUCUCGUGGUUAGUUCCCGUGGUUAGCUCUUACACGCACAUACCCCAGAACAUCGCCUAAUGGAAGCUAAAGGAUGCUGGACAGAAAUAUCUUGUCUGGAGUGAUGGGCAGCAGCAGCUGAGACACUGAGGGUCUGUGUUGAUAGGGCGCCUGGCUGCUUAACGAGCCCGGGCUUGCGCGCAUACUUUCACUGAGCAGAGCAAAGGAUGUUACGGGGCAUGAGUGUUUUUGGAUCCAUUUGAACUGAACUGUAAUUUGUCUUGUUUGAGAUGUUUUAGGGAAUACGGCUUUUUGUCCUAGACUUGACUGUAAACACUGAGCCCAAUCUGGCAACCCGGUCUCCUCGUGCGCACUGAACACUGCACCGGCUGAGCGUGGCAAUCAACGAGCGAAGUGUGGAGGCUGUAGUAUGGGACAGCAAUGUUGUCCAGGGAAGGUAUAAUUCCUGAUGACUAUGUCCUGACCCGGUUGGCGGAGGAUGUGCUGCAACCCAAAUUCAAGUCCAAACCGAGGAAGUCGCGCUUUGUGGCCAAGAACGGCGCGUGCAACGUAGCGCACACGAACAUCCGCGAGCAGGGCCGCUUUCUGCAGGACGUGUUCACCACGCUGGUGGACCUAAAAUGGCUUUAUACGCUGAUUAUCUUUACCAUGUCUUUCUUGUGCAGUUGGUUCCUGUUUGGCAUGAUCUGGUGGCUCAUUGCUUUCGCGCACGGCGACCUGGACACGAACGCGGACGGAUUUGUGCCGUGCGUCACCCAAAUCCACUCGUUCUCCUCGGCCUUUCUGUUCUCCAUCGAAGUGCAGGUGACAAUAGGAUUCGGAGGGCGCAUGAUAACGGAGGAGUGUGUGUCCGCUGUUAUAGUGCUGAUCGUACAGAACAUUGUGGGCCUGGUGAUUAACGCGAUCAUGCUGGGCUGCAUCUUUAUGAAGACAGCGCAAGCGCGCCGCCGCGCUGAGACUCUGAUCUUCAGCAAGCAUGCGGUGAUCUCGCUGAGGAACGGCAAGCUGUGCUUCAUGGUGCGCAUCGGCGACCUGCGCAAGAGCAUGAUCAUCAGUGCCACAGUGCGCAUGCAGCUGGUGCGCCGCGGCACCACGGAGGAGGGCGAAGUGAUCCCGCUGGAGCAGAUCGACAUCCAGUCAGACAACCCGGUGGGCGGCAGCAGCAUCUUCCUCGUGUCGCCGCUCAUCAUCAGCCACGUGAUUGACAAGAGCAGCCCCAUGUACGAGCUGUCAGCUGAAGACCUGCAGCGCCAAAACAUCGAGGUGGUGGUCGUGUUGGAGGGCGUGGUGGAGACCACAGGCAUCACCACACAGGCGCGCACAUCUUACGUGUCUGAUGAGAUCCUGUGGGGCCAGCGCUUCGUGCCCACCGUGUCCGAGGACGACGGCAUGUACGCCGUGGAUUACUCCAAGUUCGGCAACACGGUGAAGGUGCAGACGCCGACCUGCAGCGCCCGGAAGUUGGACGAGGAUGUGGGCAUGGUUUGGUUUAAAUCGCGAGACCUCACAUCCGCCAGAGCUUCUGUGCGAAGGCGAGUAAAGAGGCAAGCGACCCAUAACGACGAGUGACUUUUAUUCUGCUGGAAACAUUAUCUCUAGAUAGGGCUACCACAUACAGUUCAUUUUUAUCCUAGAAUAAAUCGGCUUGUAUAUUUUCUUUAAUAUGUGGAUAUUUUGUAUUGACUUUUUAUUCUAUCCAAAUGCUGCAGAAAUCGAGUUAGGCAAUAAGUAACUUAGCCUGUGUGAAGCAUUACUACAUAUAUGCCAGCCUUUUUUUAACCUGUUUGUCGAUAAAAUGAUCACAGACAUGCUCGUUUGCAUGGUAUUUUUCUCAGGGGAUCUAAUAUUCACAUCCUAGUUUGCUCUAGAUAAAUGCACUGGCCUUGGCAUGCAAAUAAACUGCAAUGUUUUCAUGACUUACAGCGCUCCUGUCCAUUUUUACACAUUAACACACUGACUGACACUGACAUGUGAACUCCUGUAAAGCCUGCAGCUCUGUGUAUUCAGUCCAACUGCACUUCGGUUAAACUGCAAUUCCAGCAUCAGUGACUGAAGUUCUAACCCCUAGCUUUAUUCCCUAACUCCAACACAAGUUAAAAAACCUGCUCUCAUCAUCUAGGCUUGGUAGAGUGAGCAAGUAUCACACUGAACGCUCUCCAGCAAUCAAGAUCCUAAAUUUUCAUAUACUGUAUAUAUAUAUAUAUAUAUAUAAAUAAAUCUUACCCAUUCUUUUUAUUUAUAAAUUCUGUCUUAUGUUAACAUUUGUCUCCUUCAUUAGUGCAUCAAGAAAAAAAAAUUCUUUUUAUUUCCAAAGCAUUCAUUUUACUGUUUUUUUUUGUUGUUGUUGUUAAAGAAAGCAACACUAAGCACCAUACCAUAUUCAUAUAAAACAUAUUGGAAGCAUCUGGAAAAACCUACAAGCCUUAUAAAAUUGCACAACAGUGUAACAAUUAUUUGAGAAAUAAACAAUUAUACAUUUCAUGUAUUAUUAGUUUGCUGCUCUUUAUAGUCCAUUUUUAAUUUUCAAAAAACUUUCAGUGCAUUAUUUUCUUAAAUGUCUUUGCUUUACUGUCUUUAUUUACAUGCACUUAAGACGUUUGCUCAGUAAUGUAUACAUCAGAAUCAAUUCCUGAUUGUGACGUAUGACUAUUUCUUUCUUUACUGCAUCACACUGUGGUUCAGUAAAUAUGAUUAAUAAAAAAAAUAAAUAAAAAAAAACAACCUUCA